AAAGGAAGAGCGCGUGCACCCCUGGCCGACUUCUGGAGGGGAAAACUGAGUACAAACAGGAUCAGUAAAGACAGGUGUCGCUAGUUCCAGUUCAGAAAGUCUUGGAUCAGGAAUGGUUUGAGUCCCAGAGGUAGGGCCUAAGUAGGGGCGGGACUAUCAGAGAUACUAGGCCAAUCCACAGGCACGAGAUUGUACGAGAGCGCGCCCAAGUGAUAGGAGCGAGACGUCGUUAUGGGGCGGGACAUGGGGAAUGCGGCCACUCCCAGCACCAGAAUCUGUGGGGAAGCGUGGUCACGCCCUACGGCCCGUCUUAAACGGCAGUCUGAACAGCGUGUGACUAUUUAGGGGCGUGGCCAGGCUCAAGGGCUUGACGCGAAAGCGUCCAAUCCCAGUGCUAGGAUUCUUAGCGGCACGUAGUCUGUGCCCAGUUUGUGGCUAGUCCAACCCCUGGGAGGGAUGGAGAAUGCUCUACGCUUGGGGUGUGGCCAGACCCGAAACAUAAUCUGAAGGGGAAUUUGACCAAUCCGGAGUUGUAUAAUUGUCUGAGAGGCGUGGAUGUGGCCAAUGGCGAGAAGCGCAGCCGGUUCCGGGGGCCUUGGUCAGGCUUGUGGGCUCUGACCAACAGGGCGCGUUAGCUUCUGAGUAGGGCGGGGCCUGUCUCAAAGGAGUGACCACUCCUGUUGCCAGAGCCUGAACUGGGGCGCCACCAGAGGACCAGGCCAAUCUGGGCGUGGCUUGUCAAGACCUUGGCCAAUCUUGGAAUUAGGCCGGGCUCAGGGGCGGUGUUUCGAGUUGCCAGAACCAGUGAGGGUGUUUGGGUUUGAGGAAGGCGCGACCUAGUCCUGGGGGCAGAGCCUGAUUCAGGGGGCGGGGUUGAGGAUGGUUCCUGGCCUCCCGUGGGCGUGGCCAGGCCUGGACUGCGGCUGGGGCCAUGUCAGCGCCGCCGCCCCUGCAGAUCCGCGAGGCGAACGCACACCUGGCGGCAGUGCACCGGCGCGCGGCGGAGCUGGAGGCGCGACUGGACGCGGCGGAGCGCACGGUGCGCGCCCAGGCGGAGCGCCUGGCCCGCCACGACCAGCAGCUGCGUGCCGCCCUGGACGAGCUGGGCCGCGCCAAGGACCGUGAGAUUGCGGCUCUCCAGGAGCAGCUGCUGACCUCCGAGGCUGCUGUCCAGAGCCUGCAGGCAGCUGUGCGCCAGAGGGACAAGCUCAUUGGGCAGCUGCAGCCCCGGGCUGAGCUCCUGCAGGACAUCUGCCGCCGCCGGCCACCCUUGGCUGGGCUGCUGGCUUCCCUGGCUGAGGCCGAGCGCCUGGGGCCUUUGCCGGCCAGUGACCCUGGCCACCCACUCCCUGGUGGGCCCAGCUCACCCCUUGCCAACAGUACUGGGGAGGAAGAGGACAGGGACCACCUCCAGCCUGCGGUGUUUGGGACCACUGUGUGAGUCCCAGAGCAGAUUCCAGAAUGGAGAAAGAGGGCCGUGAUGGGGACUUUUUCCACUACCAUGGGCAUCCUUGGGUGUCACCAGUAUCCCAGAGAGGACCUGGUGACAGAGCCAUAAUCCUGUCCAGGCACCAGAGCCUGCUAUAAAGUCACAGGUUUCAAAUGAGUGGCCUGUGGGCCAAAUGUGGAUGUUUAGCCCGGACAGAAGUUUUUUUUUUUUUUAAAAACCUAAACUUUGAAUCAAUCACUCUUGUUGAAAAACUGGCAGCGCUUAAGCAAAAAUCUGGAUUUCUGGCUUCAGACUGGACUGUGCCUGCCUGGAUCAGAGUCCAGGGCACCCUCUUCAGGCAGAGUGUGAGUUUCUUGGCCCCCUUAUCUUUUAGGGCCAGAUGUCUGGCUGCUGAAGCAUCUGUCUGCGACCUUUCUCCAGUGGAGGCAGAUGGCAUCAAGUUCCACACCAUUUGAGGUUUUCUCCCUCGCCCCCUGUUGCCUUGAGUUUUGUUCCUUCUGAAGCUCUCCCCAUCCUAAAUCUUUUUCUAGCUCUUCAUCCCAGCCCAGAAUUGGAACUCUCAAGCCUCAGGACAUUUUUCAGGUUGUAUGAAGACAAACUUUAAAUUCUAGGUAUUUUUUCCCCUAAUUCUGUCCUUCCCUCAGUCCAGGGAAGAGUGUGCACACGGGAUACGUUGAGAUGCUGGCUUUGCUGCCCAGGCAAACUUUGGGCAUCCUGUAAAGCUUUCUCUGAUAGCGUCCUGCCUCAGGGCCUUUACACAGGCUGUUCUCUCCUCCAAGAAUGCUUGGCCCCAGAUGUCACAUGACUGGCUCCUGGUUACUCAGGUCUUUGCUCAAAUGUCACCUCUGAGGCCUUCCCCCUGAUCACUUUAUCUGAAGUAAUCCUUCCCCACUCCACUCCCACUGCCCCAUUUUAUUUUCUUUAUGUUAACUUCUUACCAUCAGACUGUAAGCUCCAUGAGGACAGAGACUUUGUUGUUUGUCACCAGCACCUGGCACACCCUGGGACCUCAGUGGGAACAGGAUGGGUCUAGGGGCCCUGCAGGGAGCCAGGGGUCCUAGCACAUAUGAGAUCCUCCCCUACACACCCCAGCCAGUGCAGCUUUUGUAGCAGUAACUGGCUUAUUUUUUACAUUCCCUAGAGAAUCUAUUUUUUAACUCCUUAUCUCUACUCUGCCCUUCUUGGCCUGAGACAUUUGGGGCACUUUGCUUUUAUCAAACCAGGGAACCCUGUGCCCUCUGCCCAGCCCAAGUGCCCAGCCUGGUACCAGGACAGCUGUCUCCUGGUCUCCUGAACUCAGGGAAUUGUCCCACCAGGAACCGCUGUGGGGCACAGCCCCCUCAGAGCCCAGAGCGCAGCGUUGAUCCCGGGCCCCGAGGAGGGUGCCGCCUGCUGUCUAACAGGGACCCCUCAGCAUGGUUAACAAUGGCCCAGAUGUCUCCUCGGGAUGAAUAAGGAUUGGAGCGUGUUGCAGUCUGUACGAGGGGAAGGCAGGCUGGGGCCUGUCUGAGCUCAAGAAUAAACCAAAUGAUUUCCUGGC